CUCAACCAAAGUCAAAAUUAUCAGCUCUAUGACUGUGUCAUCCCCAUGUACGCCCACUAUAUCAAACAUCAAUCUCGCUUAAUUGCCUCUAUAAUAGCAAAGAACCUCAUAAAGAAAAAUAUACCAGUGGAGCUCAAAGAUCAGCUUUAGAAGAAACAAUUAUUAAAAUUAUGGGUUUGUUUUACAUUAAUAUCAUUUUCUUUCUACUUCUUUGCACUACUUUUCUUGCAGAAUCUGCUGACCCUCUAGGAGAUUUCUGCAACAAAGACACUGAAAUUAGCAAAGGAAGCCCAAUUUCAUCAAACAUAGCUGCUUUGUUGGCAAAACUUGUUUCCAACAUUGCCUCAAAUGGUUAUGUUACGACUUCCUAUGGCAAAGACCCAAACCAAGUCUAUGGCCUGGCUCAAUGCAGAGGAGAUGUGGAUACCAAAGACUGCUCUGCUUGUAUCCAAGAUGCAGCCAACCAAAUCCGACAGCGUUGUCCGAACGAAGCCGAUGCUAGAAUCUGGUACGACUACUGCUUUUUAAGGUACAACACCAAGAAUUUCAUAGGAGAAAUCGACACCUCUUAUGGCAUAUUCUAUUACAACAUUAAUAAUGUGUCUGACCCUGAAAGCUUCAAGAAAGCACUGGGAAAUUUGGUGGAUAAGGUCAGAGCACAAGCCGUUGAGACGAAGAAUGAAGGGCUAGGAAAAGGUGAGACGAAACUCUCGGAGUUCGUGACCCUGUAUGCGUUGGCACAGUGCACAAGGGACCUCUCUAAGAUAGAUUGUGCACAGUGCGUGGCCAUUGCUGUGGGGUCUUUCGAAACCAUUUGCAGAGACAGACAGGGGUGCAGAGUUCUGUAUAGUAGUUGUUAUGUGAGAUAUGAGCUCUAUCCGUUCUUCUUCCCUAUAGGUUCAAAUAAUGCAUCUGCUUCUCAAAACCAAAUUGUCGUGGUUUAUCCAUAGCUUAUCCAAUCCAUAUAUAUAUAUAUAUAUAUAUGUAUGUGUAUAUAUAUGUAUGUGUGUGGUGGGUGUGAAAAUAAUGAACGUUUUCAAAAGGAAAAUGUUAGUUUCAUUCGUGGAGGUUAUUAGUGCAGUUUGUACGUAGUUUACGAACUACGCAUUAACGAGUAAAAGUCGCAUUUGGAGUUUGUGUUUGUGCUUUGUGUUUAUGUUUUUGGGCCACGGAAGAAAUAAGGGGAACCAACAACGGUACUCAAAGAAUCAAAACUCUUCUACCAAUUAAACUAUUUUCUUGAGAAUUAUAACAUUGGACCAUAAUUAUGGCAAUCAACAUAUUUGUUUUUUA